UCGAGAAGCGAACAAGAGCCAAGAUAAUAUGAUGUGCGGCAAAGGAUUCGGGAUGAUCCUGGUUCUUUUUUGGGCCACGGCCCUUUCCAGCGACCUCUCGCUGGUGAGCGGUCAAACGGUGUCACCGCUGACGAGCUCCACGAGUGCCCCGCCUAAAAUGGAGGUCAAGCCCACGAAGCCAAUGAUCGUGAAUGCUCCGCCAAAGAAAAUGCAUGAAAAAAUGCCGGAGGCCAAAGUGAAUGGCAGCAAGCCACUACAGGUCACGGGAUUUAUCACCAAAUCCGGCAACAUCUAUGAGAUCGAAGACAAACGUGGCUCCAUUGGCUCUAUCGAGGGUCGUCAGGCUGACCAGAUUGUCUGCAAUUAUGGCAAUGUGGUGAUCUACAGCGAUGUACCCUGCGAUCAGGUCAAGAAUGUGCGAGUCGGUGAGGUGAAGCCAUUAAAGGAAGACCCCGUCGAGGUCACCACCGAGAAGAAUACGGCGGCAGCCGAGGGCGAGCAGCAGGAUCAGGAGCAAGAUCAACAGCAGCAAGACUUGGCUGAGAAUCAGGAUCAAGAGCAGGAUCAGUCUGAGCAGCCCAAUCAUCCUAGAGGUCAGGCCCAGAACAAUCGCCGUCGUCGGCGUCGGCCGCAGCAGCAGCAACAAAGGUUGCAGCAACAGCAACGCCGUCGCCGCCGCCAGCAGCAACAAAAGUUGCAGCAACGACGCCGCAAUGGCAAUGGCAGCAACAGUUUGCGACGUCGUCGCAACCGCAAUAACAUCAACAACGGCAACAGGAACCGCCAGCAGCAGAGACGCCGCAGUCCCAACAACAACAGAAGACGCCUGAGCAACAACGGCAACCAGCAACAUCGCCGCCAGCAACAACAACAGCAACGCCGUCGCCGUCCAAGCAACAACAUUAAUAGGCAGCAGCAGCAGCGACGUCGCCUUCGCGAAGGCAAUAACUGAAUGGGUUAGAGAAGGGCUGAUAGAAUGGGUUAAGCAACCUAUGACCCCGACCCAUGACCUACAACCUACGACCUCUGAACUCCAAACUCCCACGAAAUAAAGCAACAACAAACGAAAGCAACAAACAAACGAAAGCCCCAAAUGGAAAAU